AUGAGCGCCAUACAGAUCUUGUAUGCUCAGUUCCACGCGAGCUACCUCGCAACGAAGCUUAACGUGCGAAGUCUUCGUGAAGCCCUAAAAGAUCUUCCAAAGAGCUCGGGAGCGAUAUACCAGGAGGCGAUAGGAAGGUUGAAGAGUCAAAAUCCAGAGGCCGUUCGUUUGGCCGAGAAAACGCUUCUCUGGAUCGUCAACGCGUCGCGGCCGCUUCGUGUCAAGGAACUUCAGCAUCUGUUGGCCGUGCGGGAAGGAGACGUCGAUAUCGAUGAUAAUGCACUUACUGCACCCAUGUACAUCCUCUCGAUAUGCGCCGGCUGA